AUGUUCAUACCAUAUCAUUCGCCCAGUGAAGACAGGAGGAAGUGGCGUCGAGUAAUCAACAGCUUCACCGCGGAGAAAGCGGCCCAGAAGCGCCCUCUCAAGACUCCAGAGGUCAGUUUAGGCUCCUUUGUGGAGUGGUCGGACCCGGAGCAUAAUAAUGCAGAGCGCAUAUCACAGAGUUCGGCAAGAAAUGGCCGGCUGCGCAUCAAGAGGCCAGCUGCACGUCAAAAGGUCUACCGAAUGACCAGCAUGGGCCGCAGGCUCCCAGAGCCGCUUGGCUCCUGGGCACUCUCGUACUACUUUGACGUUAUCUGUCCGCACGAUUCCCGGGUAUUCGGCCAUUGCCCUUCAAGCGCAAAAUCUUAUGUAUCCGCUCUACAUGACUGGUCAUCCAAGAACGCAAUCACCCGGCAUGGGCUUGUCGCCUUUGCCCUGUGCACGCUGAUUCCGGGGGAUCGCACUGGUGAAAUUUACGCAGCAACCAUCUUCUACCGCAAGAGACUCCUGGACGAUGUACACAGGAUGCUGGCGACCGACACGGUCGACGACGUUCUAGUCCAUGCACUGUCGCUGCUGAUACCGAUUGACGACUAUCUCGGCUGGGAAAACUACAGCAGAACGCAUGUACCAGGUUUUCGCGCGGUCAUUCAGGCCCGAGGGGGCUUUGAUCAGAUUGGGCAGUCAUUGCCGGCCAUGAGGGACGCCGUGGUGGCGUCAUCUCUCCUUGCACAGAGCCUUUUGGUCUGCCAUGAGGAUACACUUCCCCGGGACCAGUUUACACAUUCCAGCAGGAGCUCGGCGGCCUUUCCCGAGCGAUACACCCAUUCAGACCUGCCUCGCGGUUUCGUCGAGCUCAUACAAGGGGGAUAUCUCUCGUCGACCAUGAUUGAGAUCCUGCAGGGCUUCUCCGCCUGGCACGGUACAUAUCUUCAGCACAACCCUCGGGAAACCCCCACCUGGCUCUCCCCGACGACCACCCUAUCAAACCUCACACACCUCGAAAAGUGCAUCUUGGUCAGCUUGCGAUGCCUCGCGGACGACAUGAGCGCCAUGGCCCUGCACCCGGCAUCUCAAAUGCAUAGACAGACCGAGAAGCGGGCGGAGAUGCUUCUAAACCUGGCAUACUCAGGCCGGGACUCGUGGAAGAGCAACUGCGCAGUUACCGACUGCUUGAUAUGGUUAUCGUUUGUUAUUUGCGCGCCAGUGGACCAUGGGAUUGCUGCUGAUGGCAUGCAAAAGGAGGUCUUUCGGGCCUUGCUCGUCCCCGCUGUUCUUGAGCGUGGCUCUGCGGCUUGUGGGGCUGUGCAGAGGGUGCUUCGCUCCUUUUUCUAUGACGAGGGACGGGCUCAGGCGUGGGAGGCGACGUGGGAGAAAUUCCUUGCUCCUUAUCGGGAUCCUCACGGCUGA